CCAAACCAACGCAACCUUUUGGCAACCUGCUCUCCCUUCGUACUGGAAGCUCUUGUGUGUGGAGUCCUGUUGCGCAGUCCAGUGACCGCACAACCCUAACUUGCCCUAGGGCUUACCCUAACUUCCGCCAGCGUCUGUUAGAUUCUUUUCUUAUUGGGUAAUCGCCAGCAGAGAUAAGAUGUUUGGGUCAGGAAAUCUGCCGGAUGUUCACAUGCUCAUUUCGUCAUGGCUGGAGAAAGGGAAGGGGAAGGAGGAUCAUACAGUCCGAGACGAAGCGUAUGAGGCCUUGGCUGGAGCUUACGCCUUUGUCGGCAUGGUGGCCCUGAUCCAGCUCAUUCGCAUUCAGCGCCGAGUGCCGGAGUACGGCUGGACCACGCAGAAGGUCUUCCACCUCCUCAACUUCGUCGUCAACGCAUUGCGGGCCCGUGGUCUUUCUCUUCAGGGAGAGGGUGGCAGACCUCAGCAGCGAUGGGCCGAAACAUGUGUUCGCGCACAUGCUUCUGGACCUCCCCGGUCUUCUCUUCUUCACCACGUACACUCUGCUUGUGCUCUUCUGGGCCGAGAUCUACCAUCAGGCCCGUGGGCUACCGACGGACAAUCUGCGGCCAUACUUCAUGGUCGCCAAUGUCGGCGUCUACGUGCUGCAGGCUUCCAUAUGGGGCGUCAUGUGGUUCGACUUCAAGGAUCUGGUCACCAUUGAUAUGAUCGCCAAACUCUUUUUUCACCGCUGUCUCGCUAACAGCUGCAGCAGGCUUCCUUCUCUAUGGCGGCAGGCUCUUCCUCAUGCUGCGGCAGUUCCCCAUCGAGUCCCGGGGCCGCAGAAAGAAGCUGCACGAGGUUGGCUUUGUCACUCUCAUCUGCUUCACCUGCUUCAUUGUCCGAGCUGCUGUGAUCGCCUAUUCAGCUCUCGUGAAGUCAUCAUGGCUCGACGUGGUCGGUGACCCCUGGCUCAACGUUGCUUACUAUGCUUGUGUGGAGCUCGUCCCAGCAGCGCUGGUGCUCUACAUCCUGCGCAAGCUGCCUCCAAAGCGCAAUGCCAACACCCAAGCCCUGCGUUAAAGGCACAGAUGCAGUGCGCCUGUGCGGUGUGCUCUGCUCCUACUGUGCACUUCGUACAAUGCGCUUAAAGACUGCAACAAACAGUACCUGCAGCACAAAGAGCUGUGAGCAGUGAAGCGCGGAGGGUGAUGAGCAGCAGACGUUUGAUUUGAAUCUCUCCCAAGUAUGGUACCAGUAUGCAGUAUGAUGUAACCACGCAAAGCAGACAAGACAAGCCCCCCUCUACCCUAGCUUUUUAAUCAGUUUGGCCCUUGGCUUCUGCCACUCGCAAUGGCAGUCAAGUCUUUCUACCUAUUCAUGGACCACACUGCAGUGAUGCUUUCAGGCUUCAGUCCUGGGUGGCUGGAAUGUAUUUCUUGACAGCAGGUUGUGUGCUCUUACGAACCUGAUUUGUGUGGAUCUAUCGUAAUUGCAUGCCACGUAUCAUCGUUAUGCUUUAUAAGCUGUAGCUUUUGUUGAUAAUAUCAGCAUGC